AUGGCUCGGCGGUACAGGGACGGAGCAGGAGAGUGGCUAGAAGUGAUCCAAGAGUUUGCCAUGGCACCUUGGGAGGGCCGGAUCCGCGUCGUGUGUGUUGUGGACCGAGACGAAGCAGCGAAAGCUGCAAGAACGGCCCGAGGCGUGGUUAUCUCGACGAGCUCUUCGGAGAGGGGAGGAAUGGUUGGUAUGGGGGGUUACGUGGAGUAUGUGACGGCAAAGGGCAAGAGAGAUGUGUUGGUCCAGUUCUCGGUCACGCUGGGGCCGCGUGAGGAUGUAAACCCGUACAUGGCCGAGCUGGAGGCAAUGGCAUGGGCAUUUCGAUACGUGCCGGUGAAGCUGCCGCACAGGAACGUGGUCAUCGUCAGCAGCAAUAGGGCAGCCGUUCAAGUGGUAGGACAACCUCGACAGCAAUCCGGACAACGGGCAGUUCAAGAGGUGUAUAGGCAGGCGAGGCUGCCGCAUCUGCGAGAUGUGCCGGUGGCCGUGCUGUGGGUGCCGGCAGGGCAUAAGGGCUUCCGGCCGGGUGCGGCGGCCAAGACAGCGGCCCGCGAGGCUACAAAGGACGGGUGCGUCCGGGAAAAAGCAAGAUAUCAAGCACGAUCCACGAGAACCAGACUGCUGCUCGGCCAACAGCAACAGCAGCGGCAAAAGAUACCCAUCGGGGUAGGACGGUAUUCGCAACGUAUAGACACAGCGCUUCCGGGCCAGCACACGCGGGCCAUCUAUGAUGCUCUGAAUGCCAAGGAGUCCAGGAUACUGAUACAGCUACGAACAGGAAAGUGCCGGCUCAACAGAUACCUGCACAGCAUCAGGGCUGUGGGGACGGACCAAUGCAGCUGCGGCCAAGCAGCAGAGACAGUCGAGCAUUUCCUCUUUCGGUGCAGACGGUGGAAUUCGGAAAGGGAAGGCUUAAUACGAUACAAGCGGACCAAGAUGGGCAACUUGUCUUUCUUCUUGGGAGGCAAGUCUGGAUCGGAUGGCGAGGGAUGGAAGCCAGACAUGGCGGCAGUCCGAACAACGAUCAAGUUUGCAAUGGCAACAGGAAGGCUGGAUGCGGACAUUUGA